AUGUAUCGGCAAGUUUUGAUUUUGCCAAAAUAUCGUAAGUUUCAACAUAUUUUGUGGAGAGCGUCGCCACAUGACAAACUGCUUGAAUACGAAUUGAAUACGGUCACGUACGGUGUUAAUUGUGCGCCGUAUCUCGCGUUGCGCGUGUUACAGACGAUUUCUUCCGACGAUUGCAAUGAGUCCGAGGGGGUGCGUAAUUCGUUGACGCGUCAGACUUACGUCGACGACAUAUGCGACGGGGCUGAUACUAUAACUGAUGUAUUAAAAUUACAAUCCGAUUUGAUUUGUGUGUUGAAUAGGUCUGGUCUAGAACUUAAAAAAUGGUCGUCGAACAYUACGUCGGUUUUGGACGCAGUGUCGGCUGCGAAUCGUGUGCACGCACCUACGCCGUUCGAAACGGUAKACGGUCAGGGUACUAAGGUGUUAGGUUUAGAAUGGCACCCCGACGAAGAUUACUUGUGUUGUGCGUUACGUCUCGAACAAUCACCUGUUUACACCAAACGCGGUAUUUUGUCGUUAGUAGCUCGAAUAUUCGACCCACUUGGGGUGUUYGGUCCCGCGGUGUUUUUAGCAAAGUCCAUCAUGCAACGGACCUGGCUUCAUGGUUUGUCGUGGGAUGAACCUUUUUCUACGGACAUUCAUGAUGAAUGGGCAGCUUUCGUCGCUGAUUUACCGUCGUUACUAUCUAUUCGCGUUCCCCGGCAUUUUAAUUCGCACCAGAAUGCCCCCUGCUAUUUAUUAGGAUUUUGUGACGCGUCGCAACGCGGAUGUGCAGCUGUUGUGUACUUGCGGAUGGUCGAUGUGCCCGUAGAGCAAUCUGUUUUUUUGGUUGGUACUAAGACUAAAUAUUGGCAUCAACAAAAUCCAUGA